AUGUACUUGUUUAACAAUAGUGCAACAGUGGCUGAGAAGAUAGGAUGCCGUCACAGGGAGAUCGAGCACUUGAUGGAGUGUAAGCCGCUGUCGGAGGCGGAGGUGAAGGCAUUGUGCGAUCAGGCUCGGACAAUAUUGGUGGAGGAAUGGAAUGUGCUGCCGGUGAAGUGCCCGGUAACAGUUUGUGGAGAUAUUCACGGGCAAUUUUAUGAUCUAAUAGAGCUGUUUGGAAUAGGAGGCAAUGCGCCUGAUACUAAUUAUAUCUUCAUGGGUGAUUAUGUAGAUCGUGGGUACUAUACACUAUUAGUGGCCCUCAAAGUCCGUUGUAGAGAUAGAAUGACAAUUCUUAGAGGAAAUCAUGAGAGCCGACAGAUAACACAAGUGUAA